AUGGUACCUCUAUCGCCUCUUAUCAACAAUAUAAUGCGCUUAAGAGGUGAAAUCUUGUGCUGCAUCUGGCUGUGUUUGUUACAACUAUCACUAGGAGCUGUAAGGCACUACAAGUUUGAUGUGGAGUACAUGUAUGGUGAACCUGAUUGCCAAGAACACGUUGUGAUGGGAAUCAAUGGCCAAUUUCCUGGCCCAACCAUCAGAGCUGAAGCUGGAGACACCCUUCAUGUUAUUCUCACAAAUAAACUCUCCACAGAAGGAACAGUUAUUCACUGGCAUGGAAUUAGACAGUAUGGAACGCCUUGGGCAGAUGGAACAGCUUCCGUUUCUCAGUGUGCUAUAGCCCCUGGAGAAACUUUUCAUUACAGAUUCAAAGUUGAAAGGGCAGGUACUUACUUCUACCAUGGACACUAUGGUAUGCAGAGAACAGCAGGGUUGUAUGGUUCUCUGAUAGUGGAUUUAGCAGAGGGAAAGAAAGAGGCAUUCCAUUAUGAUGGUGAGUUCAACCUUUUGCUGAGUGAUUGGUGGCACAAAACCAUACAUCAACAAGAAGUUGGUCUCUCUUCCAUUCCAUUCAGAUGGAUUAAUGAACCUCAGUCACUGCUUAUUAAUGGAAGAGGACAAUACAAUUGUUCCUUGGCGGCUAAUCUUGUCAAAACCACCUUGCCCCAAUGCAAGUUCAGAGGCAAUGAACAAUGUGCACCCCACAUUUUUCAUGUUCAUCCAAACAAGACCUACAGAAUCAGGAUUGCUAGUACAACCUCCUUAGCAUCUCUCAACUUGGCCAUUGGGGACCACAAAUUGGUGGUGGUGGAAGCUGAUGGAAACUACGUGCAACCAUUUACGGUUGAUGACAUAGACAUAUAUUCUGGUGAAACCUAUUCGGUCCUCCUCACAACAAAUCAAGAUCCAAAGAAGAACUACUGGAUUUCAAUUGGUGUUAGAGGAAGAAAACCCAACACCCCGCAGGGGCUAACUAUCCUAAACUACAAAACAAUAUCUGCCUCAGUUUUUCCCACUUCUCCACCACCAAUCACUCCUCAAUGGAAUGAUUACAAUCGUAGCAAGGCAUUCACUUACAAAGUUCUUGCUCUGGAGGGAACCGAGAAACCUCCUCAACACUAUGAUCGUAGGAUUCUCCUUCUCAACACCCAAAACCUUGUUGGUGGAUUCACUAGAUGGGCCAUCAACAAUGUCUCCUUGGCAUUGCCAUCAACUCCUUACCUAGGCUCUAUUAAGUUUAAUGUCAAUGCUGCCUUUGACACAAAAAGCCCCCCAGACACUUUCUCAGAGGAUUAUGACAUCUACAACCCUCCCUCCAACAAUAAUUCAAACAUUGGUAGUGGGGUUUACACGCUUCAGUUCAACCAAGUGGUUGAUGUGAUACUCCAAAAUGCUAAUGUACUGAGUGGGAAAAAUAGUGAGAUUCACUCUUGGCAUUUGCAUGGGCAUGACUUUUGGGUUUUGGGGUAUGGAGAUGGGAAGUUUGAACAGGGUGAUGAGAGGAAAUUCAACUUGAAGAACCCACCAUUGAGGAACACUGCAGUGAUAUUCCCUUAUGGUUGGACUGCUUUGAGGUUCAAGGCAGAUAAUCCUGGAGUUUGGGCCUUCCAUUGUCACAUUGAGCCUCAUUUGUACAUGGGAAUGGGUGUGAUUUUUGCUGAGGCUGUUCAAAAUGUUAAGCGUAUACCUAGGGAGGCUCUAGCAUGUGGCCUUCUCAGGAAGGUGUUCAUCAAUAAGAAACACGGUUAG